AUUACAAUGCUGUUGUUUAAAUUCAGCUUCUAUCAUUUUAAGGAGUGGAUUUCUGAUGCCAAUUUUAUUACCACAGCCAAGGAGGCUUUGUUUUCACCCCUGUCCAUUUAUGGGUUUGUUUAUUUGUUUGUUUGUAAACAAGAUUACGCAAAAUCAAUCAAUCAGACUUCCAUGAAAUUGAAUAAAAGGUGCAGUAUGGGAUUAGGAAAGAACCCAGAUCAGGGAUGCAGAUCUAGGAAUUGUAAGAUGCAGCGUUUUUCUAUAUUUUCACAAUUUCCCCUGGGAAAUAAUUCAUGGAUCUUGAUGAAAAAAUGGCUACAUUAAGGAAAUUGAUAUCUUUACAUUUUUUGCAGCUUGGUUAAAUUUUAGGGGACUGUUUUUUUUUAAUGUCUGGUUAUCAUAACGGUUCCUUGUUCAAUCCCUGGCUCCUCCCGAGUGUGUCGAAGGGCCCUUUAGAAAGACACUGACCCCCUUACCGCUCCUGACCCAUCAGUGGGAGAAUGUGUGUGUGAAUGAGACAUAUGCCGUAAAAGUGCUUUGAGCUUUGAAGUAUAAAGAAAAGUCCUCUGUUGAAAAUAGAUUUCUUCACUGUAUAGGAAGGCCGUAUAUGUGACACUCUGUGACCUUCUGCGUGUCUGUCCCUCACAUGCACUUCGAGUCAGCUUAUUAUUAGCCUAGUGUGCAGAGGGGCACAUGAGAUGUCUAACUGACAGACACAAUACGUAAGCUAGAAACACAGACCAGUGAACAGGCUGAGAGAACAGACGUCCCUUUUGUCCAAAGUCCUUGUCUGUCUCAUGUAUGUUCUUUGGUCGGUUGUCUAUUGUUCCACUCUGCUCAUCUCGACCCUGCCAGCUCGAAGAAAAUUAGCAGAUUCAGUGCUGUGUGUGAUUAGGACGCAAGGUUAUGAGGCUUAUUACGCACUUGAUUGAACUUUGAGUUUUUUGCAUUGAGGGAUACUUGGGUUUUUUUGGGCCAGACGUAUCCAAGACAAUGUUGCAGGGGAUUUUUCGGGUUGCUCUUGUGCUCCUUCUGUUGGUGGUCUGGUGUGCUGCACUGGAGGAAGCCCAAACUAAAGGCUGCGUUUGUGGAUACCCUGGAAUACCGGGGGACCCCGGGCACAACGGGACACCCGGCAGAGACGGGCGAGAUGGAUUAAGGGGGGAAAAGGGUGAUAGAGGUGAAGUCGGUUCAACUGGUCUAGCAGGCAGUAAUGGUGCCAAGGGCGACAAAGGAGAGCUUGGUGCCGUCGGCCCAGCAGGGCUCAAAGGAAAGAGGGGGGAUAAUGGAGAGCGGGGCCCUCCUGGGAAAAUGGGGCCUCAAGGAGUCUCCGGUCCCUUAGGCUUGAAAGGAAAUAAAGGGGAGCUUGGGCUGCCUGGACCUCAGGGACCUAAAGGUGAUUUGGGGGCUCUUGGACCUGAGGGUCAAAAGGGGGAAAUUGGUCUUCAAGGUGACAGAGGCUUUCAGGGACCACUGGGACCCCCGGGCAGGCCAGGCCCAAAAGGGGAUAUUGGUGUUCCAGGUCACAAAGGCAGCAUCGGUUAUCGUGGGGAAAGGGGGGGUCGAGGAGAGAAGGGUGAUCGGGGCGACAAGGGAGAAGAACUUGUUAUCUCUAAAAGUGCCUUUUCUGUGGGACUCACAGCACAGACUAAACUCCCAGCAGCCAAUGCACCGAUCCGGUUUGACAAGAUCAUUUACAACCGACAGAAUCACUACGAUCCACUAACAGGAAGAUUCGCGUGCUCCGCAGCAGGCGCCUACUACUUCACCUACCACAUCACCGUCUUCUCCAGGAACGUGAAGGUGGUUCUCAUGAAGAACGGAGUAAAGAUCAUGCACACCACGGACAACUACCAGAACAGCGAGGACCAAGCAGCAGGGGGCGCUGUGCUGCACCUUGAGGUGGGCGAUAGAGUGUGGCUGCAGGUGGCUGGAGGAGAGUUAUUCAAUGGGCUCUUUGCUGAUGAAGACGAUGACACUACUUUCUCUGGAUUUUUAAUCUUUGCAGCUUGAUUAUUUUGUCAUUCCUAGUAUACUAUGUUUCAAGUUAAUGCAUACAUAUCCGUAUUUACGGUAUGUUUAUACUUAUAUACAUAUAAAAACACAUGCAGAAGAAAAUGACACCUUUUCCUCUGGACUCUUGGUCUUUACAGCUUGAUAAUUUGACAAUGUCUAGUAAUUAUUUGUAGUAUAUAUGCAUAUCUGUAUGUAUGUAUACACAUGUAUAUAUGUGUGUGUGUGUGUGUGCUGAUUAAGAUGCUAACACAAAUGUUUAAUGUUUGCAACUGUGUGUAUACGUUACAGUAAAUACGUUUUAAAUCUGAUGACCAUGUGCUUUGUUCAAUCUUUCACUUUUAAUGGUUUGUAUUUUCAGUGGUUAGAAGUUGUUUCUACAUUCAUGAAAGUAUAAUUACACACACACACACGAGCUGAUCAGCAUGAUGUCAUUCCCUUCUCUGGAUUCUUGGCACCUUGAUUGACAUUGACAUUUUGUUAUGUCUGUAACAUAACAUGUAGAUACACUACACUGUAUACACUCAUACAUAUGUGGUCAUAAUUAUGACACAAAAUGUUAAACUGAGGUGUUGUUAUGUAUUAAUUCCCUGCUUCUUCUUCUUAUAAUAAAGACUUGCUCAGUCA